CCAGGCCUGUUCUGCUCCACUCACGAUUCACGAUCCCAUCGAUGUUUCCGCGAUUGCCGCUUCUCCCCUCAUUUGCUAUAUACACCAUUCUCACCCUCUCAUUGGUCAUUCGCCCGCCCGCAAACACCGCUGCGUCUUUCACUCCAUUCUGUGCGCGCCGCCUGCUCGCUCUCCGCGUCCGUCCAGCCCUCUAAUGGCGGACGCCGCAGCAGGCGCCGUGAUCCAAGGCGCGUAUAGAGCAGCCACGGCCGUCGCGUCGCCGUGGGUGGCGAUCGGCCUGUGGCAACGUGCCCUGCUGGGACUGGACAGCGCGGGGAGCAGGUGGCGGGAACAGCUGGGUGAACCUUCCGCGAAGCGGCCUGAUGGACCUCUCUUGUGGUUCCACGCCGUUUCUGUGGGCGAGAGCGCCAUCGCCAUCCCCCUCGUGCGCAAGUGCAUGCAGCAGCGGCCGCGCCUCAAAAUACUCUUCACCACUCGCAACGCCCUCGCCCUGUCUGUUGUCUCCAAGGCUUUCUCCAAGACCCAUGUGAUCUGCCAGCUGGCCCCAUUGGACUCGCCAGCAGCGGUGGCGCGCUUCCUCGCGCACUGGUGCCCCAACGCCGCUGCCUUCAUGGAGCAGGAGCUCUGGCCCAACCUGCUGCUCUCGCCGCUGCUGCACAGAGUGCCCAUCGCUCUGCUCAACGCGCGCAUGACCCAAUCAACGUUUGACAGGUGGCACGCCAUGGAUGGACUCCUCCUCCCUCUGAUUUCGGCAAUGGUUGCUCGCUUCGACCUCAUCACCACCACGAGCACGGAGCAGGGGCUGCGUUAUCAGCGGCUGGGGGCCAACCCCAUGCUCACUCGCUUCACCGGGAACCUCAAGUUCGCGACCAUGGGCGGCCAUGGCAGCAGCGGCAGGAGCAGCAGGGAGGGGGAGGCAGACAGGGGGGGCGCGAGAGGGGGGGCGAGAGGGAGAGGAGGGAAGGAGGAGGAGCUGAGGCAGGCGGUGAGGGGGAGGAGAGUGUGGCUUGCUGCCAGCACACACGCGGGCGAGGAGGAAGCCAUCCUGCGGGUGCACUGCAAUCUGAAGCACCGCAUUUCCAGGCUGCUCACAGUCGUUGUGCCCAGAGACCCGGCCAGAGGGGCGGCCAUUGGUAAGUUCCUAUCGUCCCAGCUGCACCACCCGCCGCCGCUGCAGCCGGGGAUGACAGCAGAGGAGCUCAGGCCCAAGGCGGUGACAGUGGCGGUGCGGUCCAAGGGGCAGGCUGUGAGGAGCGAUACGGACUUCUAUGUGGCUGACACAAUUGGCGAGCUGACUCUCCUCUACUCCAUGAUCCCCUUGGCCUUCGUUGGUGGUUCCCUCCUGCCCGGUCUGGGCGGCCACAACAUCGCUGAACCGGCCGUCUCCUCCUGUGCCGUCCUCACAGGGCCCCACCUUGGCCACUUCGCCUCUGUGCUGCAGCAGCUGCAGCAAGUGGCGCCCCUCUCCGUGUGGCAGGUGGCGGACGAGCACGAGUUGCAGACAGCAGUGGAGCAGCUGCUGACCAAUGAGGCGCAGCUAAACGCCCGGCGAAUCGCGGCGCAGCGAGCAGCAGCAUCAGGCACCGAGGGGGUGGUGGACGAGGUGUGGGAGGCCCUUGACUUCGCAAUUCUCCAAAGAAUGACCGUCCCUGUGGUCGCAUCAUCGGGCGACCGAGCAGCAGCAGCAGCGGCAGCAGCAGCUGCUCUGGAAUUGAGGGAGGAUGGACCCGAUGCGGAGCUCACAGGUGUGCUGCAAGCUAGGCUUGAUCGGAUCGAGUCGUUUCCUGCGGCCGCGGGGGCUAUGCAUGGUGCAGGGGUGGAUGGGGCUCCCUUGAUAUCUCCGGCAGGUGCGAGCCAGGGUGGAAGUGCAGGGGUCUCUGUCACCAGCCCGACUACACCCAUGUCGAGGGAGGGUUGGAGUCGUAGCGGUGCUGGGUCUAAUUCUGGGGCUAAGUUCAAGUCAAGCAGUGUGAAACAGGCAGUGGAUGGGGGCAAGGCCGAUGGAACAGGCGGCCCAGGUGAUGAGCUAGCAGUGCGGCUUCAAGCCAGAAUCGACAAGAUUGAGACGGAUCCCAAGUGUGAUGCCCUGGAUGGUCCCAAGUGACUUCACUUGUACUGUAGUAGGCUCCGCUGUUUGGAGGAUGUGUUGGAUAUGCAACCUUUCAACUUUCGACUGGAUGGACUUGUGGUGUUCAGUGUUUAUAAUCUCACAUUUAUUAUGUUCCUGUA